AUGCCCUUGACAAUUUGGGUUUUCUUGUUCUUAUCUUUAAGCUUUUGCCACGGCAAGGACUCGACUGUUAAGGUAUUCGGACAGAUACAUUGCGCAAAUUGCAUAAGGCACGAGUUUAGCAGCAACCGAGCAUCGUCCGGGCUCCGUUUAUUCAUACACUGCGAAGAUUCUGGAAAGACCGACACAAGUAUACAGGGAAGUGGACCAGUCGAUGAAGAAGGCAAAUUCAACAUAACUCUAUCUGCUCACAACACAACAAAAGAUGGAUACUCGAUUGAUAAUUGUUUCACAAAGCUUGAAAAAUGCCUCUUGAAAACUACCCAAACAGCCUCUCUCGAAUUCCACACCACCAAUCACAACACAGCGCAAGAAGCCCACAACACCUCAAUAAUAUUAAAAUUCUGUCCCGAAACAUGCCAAUCGGCCUUCUUUACACCAAAACCCAAAUUCAUAUUUCCCAACACUUCACAAAUUCUGUCCCUACCGAGACAGCCAGUUUCUAUGCCCCACAACCCGUUAGUUUUCCAAAGCCCGAAAAAAACUCCAAGAAACUCAAAAACCGAGAGCCCAUCUCCAUCACCUAUCCCAAUAUAUAACAAUCCACCACAUUUUCCCUCACCCAACGAGCCAAUAUCUCCACCGUUUUUAAAACAACCACCAAAAACACCCCCUCAAAACCGAGAAUCUACUCACCCGCCAACAAAGGCAUUUCAUCAAACACCUUACCUGCAAAACCCAAUUCCUCCUUCUUACCCGCCCACAAGCCACAAAAAACCUCAUUUAGCAGCACCUACACCAAUUCCAGUACCAAAACAUCAGACAACACCCACCCCAAGCCCAAGCCCGGGCCCAAAUCCGAGCCCGUAUCAUCACCCACCACUUUCCGGGCCCGGAAGCCCAAUCCCACCUCCUCCAAACCGGAAAAAGUCCUACCCAUCCCCACUAGUGGCUCCGGGCCCACACAUCACGCCCACACACAGCAAAAGCCCACCGACGCCUGCACCAGCUCCAAUAUCAAAGCCUCGAAAGGCAAUCGCCCCAAGCCCGAGCCAAAACCCGAGCCCAAAUCACAACCCACCGCCACCCGAACCUGAAAACCCGACCCUGCCUCCUCCGGACCGGAGAAAACCCGAUCCGAUCCCCAGACCACCUCCAGUCCCACAGCUGCCCCCAAUUCCUCCGGUUCCGAGGAAAUAUUUCAACCCGCCAAACACAAAUCCGUCCCAACCUCCGCAAUCCUCUCAUUAA